AUGCUGAAAGGACGAUUCUUAUUUCGGGCGAUUGCUCAACGUACAAUGGCUUCGAAGAUCGAGCCAGGAGCUCCACAGCCCAUUUAUUUGGAUGUACAGGCUACCUCUCCAAUGGAUCCUCGCGUGGUAGAUGCAAUGCUUCCUUACAUGAUCAAUGACUUUGGAAAUCCUCACUCAAGAACUCAUUCCUACGGAUGGAAAGCUGAGGAAGGCGUUGAAGCUGCAAGAAAAUAUAUAGCAGAUCUUAUCAAGGCAGAUCCUCGUGACAUUGUCUUCACAUCUGGAGCCACUGAAUCGAAUAAUUUGGCAAUCAAAGGAGUCGCAAAGUUCCGAAAACAAUCUGGCAAAAACCAUAUAAUCACACUGCAAACUGAACACAAAUGUGUUUUGGAUUCGUGCCGUUAUUUGGAAAAUGAGGGAUUCAAAGUAACUUACUUGCCAGUUGACAAAGGGGGAAUGGUUGAUAUGGAGCAACUUGAACAAUCAAUCACAUCUGAAACUUGUCUCGUGUCAAUUAUGUUCGUCAACAAUGAGAUCGGUGUUGUUCAGCCGAUCAAGCAAAUUGGUGAACUGUGUCGCUCAAAAGGGGUAUACUUCCAUACAGAUGCUGCUCAAGCCACUGGAAAAGUGCCAAUCGAUGUUAAUUACUUGAAAAUUGACUUAAUGUCGAUUUCCGGACACAAAAUCUACGGACCGAAAGGUGCCGGAGCUCUCUACGUUCGUCGUCGCCCACGUGUUCGUAUUGAAGCUCAAAUGUCUGGAGGUGGGCAAGAAAGAGGACUUCGAUCAGGAACAGUAGCUGCUCCACUGUGUAUUGGCCUUGGAGAAGCUGCUCGAAUUGCAGAUAAAGAAAUGGAAAUGGAUAAAGCUCAUGUCGAACGGUUAUCUCGUAUGCUCAUCGAUGGAAUCAGUGAUAAAUUGCCACAUAUUAUUCGAAACGGAGAUCCGAAGCAUGCCUAUCCAGGCUGUGUCAAUCUAUCGUUCGCUUAUGUUGAAGGUGAAUCUCUUCUUAUGGCUCUGAAAUCAAUUGCAUUGUCAUCUGGAAGUGCGUGCACAUCGGCUUCCUUGGAACCAUCAUACGUUCUCCGUGCAAUCGGAUCAGAAGAAGAUUUGGCUCACUCGUCAAUUCGAUUCGGAUUGGGUAGAUUCACAACAGAAGAAGAGGUCAAGCAUACCGUUGAAUUGUGUAUUCGUGAAACAAAUCGUCUUCGUGAACUGAGUCCACUUUGGGAAAUGGUACAAGAAGGCAUUGAUCUGAAGAGUAUUCAAUGGACCCAACAUUAA